AUGGGUGUAGAAGAGUCAGUCUAUUUGGCGAAGCUUGCCGAGCAAGCUGAGCGAUAUGAAGAAAUGGUCGAGAACAUGAAGGUUGUCGCCUCUGCGGACCAAGAGCUCUCUGUCGAGGAACGAAAUCUCCUGUCCGUUGCCUACAAGAACGUCAUCGGCGCCCGACGUGCUUCCUGGAGAAUCGUCACGUCUAUUGAGCAAAAGGAAGAAUCCAAGGGCAAUGAGGCUCAGGUCAAGCUCAUCAAGGAAUACCGUCAAAAGAUCGAGGAAGAGCUCGGGAAGAUCUGCGAGGACAUCCUUGAGGUCCUUGACCAGCACUUGAUUCCUUCUGCUCAAUCGGGCGAGUCCAAGGUCUUCUACUACAAGAUGAAGGGCGAUUACCACCGUUACCUUGCCGAGUUCGCCGUUGCAGACAAGCGAAAGGAAUCGGCCGACAAGUCCCUUGAGGCCUACAAGGCCGCAACCGAGGUCGCCCAGACCGAUCUUGCCCCAACUCACCCCAUCCGACUUGGUCUUGCCCUGAACUUCUCCGUCUUCUACUAUGAGAUCUUGAACUCGCCAGACCAGGCCUGCCAUCUUGCCAAACAGGCUUUCGAUGACGCCAUCGCCGAGCUCGAUACUCUGAGCGAGGAGAGCUACAAGGACUCCACAUUGAUCAUGCAACUGCUGAGAGACAACUUGACUCUUUGGACCUCUUCCGAGGCCGAGCCACAGGAUGCUGCCGGUCAAUCAAGUGAGGCACCCAAGGAGGCGGAGGCCUCGACUGCAGCUGAGGCGGGCACAGAGAAGGCCGAGUAA